UUUGUAGGAAGGCCACUGUACGUCUAUACUUGAUUUUAGGCGUGUAGAUCUUUCUUAAAACUUUCAUCUUUGAAGUGGUGGUGUUAAGGAUGCUUCUGAUCGUGGGGUGGUGAGGACUUCCCGGAAAAUGGCAGGCAGACGUCAAGCUUCACAACUCUCUUUCUUAUCCCUUCCAUUUCAUAUGAGGAUCCCCUGGAUAAAACUGAAACCAAAAAGGGGGAAGAUUCACAUCCGACUAGUACUUCUAAUUGCACAAUCAGUGCCUCAGAUGAUCCCGUGGACAGAACUGAAACGAAAAGGGUAGAAGACUCCCUGCCGACUAGUACCCCUGAUUGCACAAUCCAGGUCUCAGAUGGUCUCAUGGAUAAAACUGAUGCAAAAAAGGGAGACGACUCCAAGCCAACUAAUACUCUUAAUUGCACAAGUGAUAUCUCUGAUAUAAGAACAGUUAAAAUCAGUAAUGUUUCACUGGCUGCCUCUGAAAAAGAUAUAAUGGAAUUCUUCUCUUUCUCUGGUAACGUUCAAUUUGUCGAGAUGAAAAGGAGUACUGAAAACGCUCAGAUUGCAUACGUUACCUUCAAUGAGUCACAGGGAGGAGACACUGCUAUACUUUUGUCGGGAGCUACAAUAAAUGGUCUUCCGGUGUCUGUAACUCCUGUCGAUAACUAUAAGCUGCCUCCAAAUGCUUCUCCUCUGAACUUGGAGUCAAAGCCAACUGUUACAGAUUCUGCUGUGAAAAAGGCGGAGGAUGUUGUCAGCACCAUGCUAGCUAAGGGCUUCAUCUUGGGAAAGGAUGCCCUCAACAAGGCAAAGUUUUUCGAUGAAAGGCACCACUUAAUAUCAAAUGCCUCGGCCACGGUUGCUUCCAUCGAUAGUAAGAUCGGCUUGAGUUAGAAGUUAAGUGCAGGUACAGCUGUGGUGAACGAAAAGGUGAGAGAAGUCAACGAACGGUACCAAGUGUCGGAAAUGACAAAAUCAGCCUUGGCAGCUGCCGAGCAGAAGGCCAGCAGUACCGGAUCUGCCUUCAUGACCAACCCGUAUGUGUCCACUGGUGCUUCGUGGGUUUCGAAUGCGUUUAAUGUAGUUUCAAAGACGGCUGAGGGUGUUAGAGCAAUAGCAAAGGAGAAAGUUGAAAAGGCGGACGAGAACAAAAGGGAGACCCUAGAUAAAGAAAAUGGCAAACAACCUUGCAAACGUCCAUCUUGAUGAAUCUCCUGUGGUUGUAAAUCACCGGAUGCGAAGAAGUAAACUCGUAUGAGGAUUUUCAAUGAACUGGGAUUGGUAUGAGCAUUCUGAAGGUUAUAGUUCAGUUGAAUCAUUGCAUGAUUUUGAAGUCAUUCUCUAGAAAUUUAAAGAUAUUCUCUAUAUUUUCAUAGGUUUGGUGUAGUUCUCUUUUAUUUUGACGUGAGAAUCUGUUUUUACUUGUAAAUUCUCAUGAGGGGUGUUUAGUAAAUACUAAUGUUAAUCUAAAUCCUGUAAUAUUUUUAUGCACAGAUGAGUUCAAAGAAACUCGAGGCAUAUUAGUCAGAGUAAAGGUUAGAAAUUUUUUA